UUUCCGCUGACUUGACGCUCGGCUCGGUCCAGCCCCGGUCGGCUCAGGAAACGUUUCAUCGCUUCAGAAUAAACUGAGUCAAACUUUUGUACUGGAGACUUUCCGGACGGACACCUUCCGGUUCGGAUUAACGGCUGCUCACGGGCUGUUAACAGGGUUUUUAGGAGAAUGCCAGAGGACAACAGACGACGCCUCCGUCACUGAGAGAAGAGGAGGAGGAGGAGGAUGGAGCGAGCUCACAGCCUCCUGCUCAACGAGGAGGUGUGCAGCCGGCUGGCUGAGCACCAGAGGGCGGAGUUCAUCUUCGAAUGGCUGAACCACCUGAAGAAGCUCCUCCCAGCCACUGACCGGGUCGACAUCAAGCAGAACCAGCGUUGCCUGGUCGACCAGCUGUCGGGCAUUCUGGUCGGCUCCCCCGGCCCGCCCACCCGGUGGCUGCUGGCCCACUGUUUGGCCAUGCUCUACCGGCUGGGAGACCCCUUAUCUUCCAGCUUGUUGGUGGACAGGUGCAAUGACAUCAUCCGCAGCAGAGAUGACUCUCCGUCAGGCCUCCCGACCCGACUGGCGGCCGUUGCGACCCUUGGCGCUCUGUACGAGCAGCUCGGCCGAAUGCUUGUCGGCUCCUUCAGAGACUCUCUGACCAACCUGCUGAAGGCCAUGAAGAGCGCAGAGUCUCAGGGCCGGUACGAGAUCAUGCUGUGCGUGGAGAGGAUGCUGCGAGGUCUCGGUGUCAGCGCCGUGUCGUGUCACCGCGACGUCUACAAGGCGGCAAGGACCUGCCUGACGGACAGAUCCAUGUCUGUACGCUGCGCCGCCGCCAAGUGUCUGAUGGAGCUGCAGCGGGAGGCGGCGUUCCUGUGGAACAGCGAGUUGGAGAACGUGGCCACUCUCUGCUUCAGAGCCUUCGAGGGCUCCAACGACAACGUCCGAGUGUCUGUGGCCAAACUGCUGGGAACUCUGCUGGCUGCUGCCGUGGAGACCAGACAGCCCGCUGCAGCCCCGAGACAGGGUGGGCGGGGUCGGAGCUCUCUGGAGGAGGCGAUGGCUUUGUUGACGGCCGGAUUCCUGCGGGGUGGGGCGGGUUUCCUCCGAGCCAGCGGGGACAUGUUGAAGGGGACGAGCUCCGUCAGCAAGGACAUCCGCAUUGGUGUCACUCAGGCCUGCGUGGUCUUUGUCUCCACCCUCGGAGGCUCCUGGCUGGAGGCCAACCUCCCGUCCUACCUGGCCCUGCUCAUGGAUCUGGCGUCCCACAGCAGAGCCACACAGAUUCCGGGCGAUGCCGCGGUGACCCGACGCUGCGUUUCCUUCAUCCUGAGGAGCAGCUUGGGAUCUCUGCUGGGGGAGAAGGCCCAGACCAACGCCCUCAAACAGCUGUGCCUCGUCGUGGCCUCGCAGAAACCAGCCAUCGACGCAGGUGAUGGGAACGUGGAAACCAGAGUCUCGUCUGCAGACGUCUCAGCCAGUCAGCAUGUGUUGGUCUGCUGCCUGCUGGAACUGGGAGGACUGGUUCAGGGCCUGGGGUCCACGGCGGCCCCCCUCCUCUCUGACAGCAGCACAGCCCUCGUGGACACGGUGGUCUCCGUCCUCCUCCACCCCGCCUCUUCGGCCCGGCUGGCCGCCGCCUGGUGCCUGCGCUGCGUUGCCGCAGCGAUGCCGUCCCAGCGCUCCCCACUGCUGGAUCGCUGCACCGAGCGGCUGGCGGCGCUGAAGUCGUCGCCCGAUGCCUUGGUCGGGUACGGAGCCGCUGUCGCCGCCCUGGUGGCCUCAGCGCAGAACUGCCCCCUGGGAUUACCGCACACCAAGGGCAAGGCGGUACUGGUUCUGGCCGAGGACCUGCUCCGCUCGGCAUCUCAGAGCAGCCGGAUCUCUCUGCAGCGUACUCAGGCCGGCUGGCUGCUCGUCUCCUCGCUCAUCACGCUGGGCCCUGCUGUGGUGGAGCACCACCUCCCACGCCUCCUCCUCCUGUGGCGCUGUGUGUUUCCUGCCUCGCUCAGGGAGCAGGAGAUUGAGCUGCGCCGAGGGGACUACUUCACGUGGCAGGUGACGUUGGAGGGACGUGCGGGGGCGCUCUGCGCGAUGAAGAACCUGCUGCUGCACUGCAGGGAGCUUGUCACUGACCACAACAUCGGCCUCCUGCUCACGCCCCUGGCCUGCGCCGUCGCCCUCCUCACCAAGUUGCCGGCUCUCCUCAGGUCUCACAACAGUUCAGUACGAAGCUGCUCCGUCGUCUACAGACUGAGAGUCUACGAGCUGCUAUCUCUGCUGCCUCCUCUCUCCUACCAAGAGAGCUUCGGCCUGGUGAUGAACCAGCUGGUCUCGGAUCUGUCGGGCCCGGACAACCUGAACCAGCCGUGCUCUGACCUCACACUGCUGCCGCCCCUCUGUCACCAUGACGACCUGCCGCUGGUCGGCCCCGCCCUUCACCACACCCACCACAGAUACGUCGAGGAGCAGCUCCACGGCAGCAGUGUGGGGGGGGGCUCCCUGGACCACGACCCCUUCAGUCUGUGUGAGACGCAUGACCAAGCUCCGCCUGCUCCUUUGCCGCCGCCUGCCGCCCUGACCACCGCCGCCGUCCAUCUCUUCGGAGCCGUCUUCCCACACAUCAUCUCCGCUCAGAGAGUGAAGAUACUGGAGCAGUUUGUAGAAACUGUGAACCAGCUGAAGGGUCAACGUCAGCAGACCGUCCAGACUCACGUCUGUGCUGCCCUCUGCAGUCUGCUAAAGCACCAGGGCAGUGUCCGGGGCUCUCUGGGGCCGGAGGAGAUCCGCCCCUCUGCGGUGUCCCUCCUGUCGGGGGCGCUGGAGAGCAGCAGUCCUCUGCUGCGCUGCCUGGCCGCCGAGGGUCUGGCCCGGCUGGUCCAGGUGGUUGGAGACGCCGGCUUCACUGUGUCUGUCUCCCUGCUCUGCUUCGACAGGCUGAAGACGGCCCGGGACGCGGCGUCCCGCAGUGGCUACGCUCUGGCUCUGGGGGCGCUGCACCGCCACACCGGAGGGAUCAGCUCCCCUCAACACCUGUCCACCUGCCUGGGCGUCCUGUUCACCCUGAGCCAGGACAGCACCUCACCUGAGGUCCAGACCUGGUCUCUCCACAGUCUGUCCCUGGUGGUGGACCUGUCCGGUGGGCUGUACCGGGCCCACGCCGAGUCGUCCUUCACUCUGGCGCUGCGGUUGCUGCUGUCUGCUCCGCCAACUCACCCCGAGGUCCACUACAGCCUGGGACGCUGCCUGCACGCCCUCAUCACCUGCCUGGGCCCCGACCUGCAGGGUGACGGUGCGGUCGUGACCGCCCUGCGCUCCAGCUGUCUGGUGGGAUGUGGGCUGAUGCAGGCCAGUCCCGAUUGCCUGGUCCAGGCCAGAGCCACUUCCUGUCUGCAGCAGCUGCACAUGUUCUCACCUGCACACGUCAACCUAAGCAGCCUCGUACCUGCACUGUGUGAGAUCUUGUUGGAUUAUUCCAUGUUGGCCAACCUGUGCAGCUCGUACCUGUGUCUGCGUCGGGCGGUGGUCGCGUGUCUGCGGCAGCUCGUCCAGCGGGAGGCGCUGGAGGUAUCUGAACACGCCGUGACGCUGGUCAAGGAGCUGCCAAGACGAGACAACACACACCUCGACGUCACCAUAAAGGAAGUGGGUCUUGAGGGAGCUCUGUUCACGCUGCUGGACCGGGAGUCCGAUCCCGGGCUGAGGAGCGACAUCCAGGAGACUCUGGUCCACAUGAUGACGUCCAGCGCCACCAGCGGGAAGCUGGGACACUGGCUCAAACUCUGCAAAGACGUCCUGUCUGCGACCACGGACUGUCGUGCUCCGGUGGGGGCGAGUCAGGACGAGGACGCCGACUCCAGCAGAGACGACGACUCGUCUGUGUUCAGGGCCCGGCCGGAGUCUGUCGGCCCGUUCACCGCCCUUCGCUGGGGCACACGCCGCUUUGCCAUGGCGUGCGUGUGCCGCAUCAUCGAGCAGUGCGAGAGCGCGGACCCGGCUCACUUCGACAUGGCUCUGGCUCAGGAGCGACGGCUGCAAGAGUCCACAGACUUCUUGGUUCUUCACCUUGGUGACCUGGUCCGCAUGGCGUUCAUGGCGGCCACAGAUCACAGUGACCAGCUGAGACUGGCUGGGCUCCAGACGCUGCUGGUGAUCAUCAGGCGGUUCUCCGACGUCCCUGAGCCUGAGUUCCCGGGUCACGUGAUCCUGGAGCAGUACCAGGCCAAUGUGGGUGCUGCUCUCAGACCAGCGUUUGCCGCUGAUGCUGCUCCUGACGUCACAGCGAAGGCCUGUCAGGUCUGCAGCGCCUGGAUUUCCAGCGGCGUCGUCAGUGACCUGCGUGACCUCCGUCGUGUCCACCAGCUGCUGGCCUCCUCAUUGGCUAAAAUUCAGGUGGAGCGGGACGUGUCCGGUCAGCUGUACAACGAGGCCAUGGCUGCCAUGGAAACGAUGGCCGUCCUCAAGGCCUGGGCGGAGGUUUACAUCGUCGCCGUUCAGAGGUGUGGCCAGACGGAGGCCAACCUGUCAGUCUCUUCUCUGGCCAAUGACGGCACAAGCUCUGGGUCGGGGGGGGGGGGGCUUCUGACGCUGGUCCAGUCCGACUUGGCGGCUCUGAGUCGUCUGUGGCUGGCGGCGCUGCAGGACCACGCCCUGCUUACGCUGCCGCAGGAGAACGCGUCGCAGCUUCCUGCCGCAGGAGGUUCCUUCUACACAGCAGAGACGCUGAACCAGGCCAGAGCUCAUUACUCCUCCUCCUGGGCUCCAAUCCUCCACGCCACCUCCCUCUGGCUGCACAGCACAGGUUUUGUGAUGUCAGACAACUCGCCUGCCAACCUGUCCAGACCGGCCACGCCCACCUCCAUGGGACGCACCGACUCUGUGGGCGGAGCCAAGAGUCCGGAGGAUGUCAGCAGCGACAGACUUCACCUCAUACUGGGGAUCAGCGUGGAGUUCCUGUGUUCCCCACACUCCCAGGACCAGAUGGAGAACAUCACCUCGUGUCUGCGAGCCCUGCAGACGCUGCUCGACGUCUCCUGGCCCCGGGCCAAAAUCGGAAAUGACCAGGCUCUUAGCGUAGAGCUGCUCAGCGUUCUCCACAGACUGAUGGUGACCAGGGAGUCGCCAUCCGUUCACCUCGCCGUGUUGGAGUUACUGCGUCAGAUAGUGACGGCGGCUCAGGAGCACGUCAGGGAGAAACGCCACAGUGCAGAGGUCGACGACGGUGCGUCGGAAAAGGAGACGCUGCCGGAGUUCGGGGAGGGACGCAACACUGGCGGUUUGAUUCCUGGACACUCGCUAGUGUUCGGAGCUCUGGAGCUCUGCAUCUGCGUACUGGUCCGGAAACUCCCACAGCUCAGCCCCAAACUGGCCGGAACCAGUCCAACUGGUCCUGGAGGUUCCGUGUGGAGUCUGACGGACAGUGACUGUCGUCUCGUUGCCUCCUCCCUGUGUGUCCUGUCUCAGCUUCCGUCCGUCUGCUCCCCUGAAGGAAGCGUGUCCAUCCUCCCGACUAUCCUCCACCUGCUGCUGGGAGUCCUCAGAGAGCUGCUCCACCAGCCACACACACAAACCGGUGCCCCGGCGGCAGGCUCAGGGGGCGGGGCCUCUGUGGCGGAGGUGGUGCAGGCGUCUCUUCAGGCGCUGAAGUGCAUCCUGACGUCGUCGAUGAGUCAACAGGAGAAGAGUCGAGGAGCCUGGAACCGGCUUCUGAGAUCCGCUCUGCACACGCUGCUGGGACUGUGGGACGCUGGCGACCGUGCUGUGGAUCAGAUCGGCCUCCUCACAGCUCUGACCGUCUUCCUGCUCUCUGCCGGUCCGGAGGUCUGCACCGCCGAGCCGCUGCACGCGCUCUGUCUGCAGCGCUUCACCGCCGGCAUGGACGCCAAAGACCCGCUGGUUGUGAGUCGCUGUUACCAGCUGCUGACGUCGGUGUUCCAGGCUCCGCCAGGCAUCGCCGUCCCGUAUAUCCAGGCCCUGGGUCUGCCGCUGGUUCGAUUCCUCCAGCGGGUGGAGAGGAGUCGGCCUCGGAGUCCAGAGGAGCUGCUGCGAGUCCUGGAGGGCGUCAGGGCCCUGGAGGCUCUGGUCCAGGCUGCGGAUGAAUCACAUCGCCCACGACUGGUGGCCAUCUUGUUCCCGCUCCUCAUUUCCUUCCUGCUGGAUGAAAACGCCCUCGGCUCCGCCCCCGCAGCGUCAUGGUCCCUCCACGAGGCGGCGCUCAAGGACCUGAUGCGCCUCGGCCCCCAGCACUCCGCCGUCUUCAGGUCUCUAAUCGCGUCGUCCCCUCACCUCAAGUCACGGCUGGAAGCCGCGGUCAAAGGAAACCAGGAGAGCUUGAACACUAAAGCUAGCGGCGCUAACCCUGGCGGCCGCAGCGGCGCCAAGUCGUCCCCCAGCAUCACGCUCAAGACCAACUUCCUGUGAGGGGCUCGACCGCGGAUCAGCAGCACUGCGGUCGAACCUCUGGAGCUCCGUGUCCCGGGUCUCAAACAGAGACGUUCGGUCCCCAUGAAUUAUCAUAUCGUGUAAUUUCAAGGUUCAUUCUGAACAUACACUGUAAAGAAAGAUGGACGACGCGUCUCCACUUCAGGCCUUCAGGGGUGAUCGACCAAUCGUGAGUCAGUGUCAGCUGUCAAUCAUUACGUCAUCAUCAAAUAUCAGAAACAUGAACACAUGAACAAACAUCAGUGUUAUUAAAAAGACCUCACAUGACAGUAAACAUGUCCCAUCUGCUAACAUGGUGGGGGCGGGGCUUAUGAUCUAUAUACUGCAGUCAGACACCAGGGCGCGAUCAUGAUGAUCUGGCUUCACUUUGGAGGAGUUUGUCACAUCGUCCAUCUUUAUUUACAGUCUGUGGUUCUAAAGUUGAGAGUGUAAUGGGUUUCUUGCCAUGUCUUGCUAAAGGGUCAAAGGUCACGACAUUACAACAGUGGACCCUCGUCCUUUGACCCUCGAAUGGAGCUUGGACAAGGAGUCAAGGCUUGUGAUGGUACGGUGGCCUGUGAGGGACACGUAAGCCUUCGUCAGCACUUAAGUUUUUUUUAACACUACAUCUUUAUCUCAUCAGACACGCGACAUGACCAAAGUCGGUUUAGUUUGUCAUGAAGGACUUUGGUUCUGUCAAUGUGAAAAAGAGUCACAGGUGCUCUGUCAGCUCUUCACUACAUAGCUAGCGUUAGCAUUAGCAUCUGUUUCCUCACCGACAUUAACUAUCCGGUUUUCUUUCUCUUCUUUGCUUACGCUGACGUUAGCAUGCUAACAGCUAGCCCCCGGUCGUCCAGUCAGCUGCUGUUGCUCAGGCGACCAUGUCUGACUUCUGACCUCUGAUCUAAUAAACCUAACGAUGGUGAGAAAACCACGUUCAGCUGCAGAGAAACACUCGCGCGUAUUAAACACGUCCAGCAAUAAUAAUAAUAAUAACAAUAAUAAUGUAACCAGGUGAGCUUCAGUCUUCCAGCUCUCACGCACGCGCACACACACAUGCUGCUCACCUGUUAACAUGUUGUUUUCUAAUGAAAGCGAGUGAAUAAAAACCUAUUUUUCUUCUAA